UUCUUUUAUCACUGUUGUACCACCCGGCGAAGCAAGCGGACGUGUAAUUGGAGCUUCAUCGCAGUGCGCAGCAUCUGUUUUGGCGGAUCAUCAUCGUCAUCGUCAUCGGCAGCAACACAACACAACACAACAAAACACAUCAUUACGUCCCGUAAGGGGCCUGUUUGUUGGUGUGUGCGAGCGCGCGUGUUUUUUUCCUUCUCUACUUCAGUGCUGCUUCUGUAUACAAGUGAGGAUCUUCCAUAAACAGAAGCGAGUGUCAAGUGUUGUGAUACCAGUGAUGUGCCAUACCGAACUCUGCUCAAUCAAGCGGUUUAAAUGAAGUUAAGUAUAAAAAAGUUAAGGUCCGGAGAUUGACUGUGAGUGACAGACGUGAGUGAAACAAGAAUUGGUCGUUGGAAUCAUGAUAAAUCUACCGAAGAACAUCGAGAACAUUUGUCGGCUCUGUCUGACGGAGUCGGACGGAAGCGACAUGCUGCCGAUAUUUCCGGUACGCGGAGGAAAUCCAAACGCCCCGACAACGGUUGUAUCCAGGGUUAUGAUGUGCACCUCUGUUAAGAUCGAACACUUCCCGGGCGCGCCGGCGACAAUCUGCGAGUUUUGCAGCAGCCGACUCGAGGACUGGCAAGCCUUCCGGGAUCAGGUCAUGGGUACGGACGAGUACCUGAAGGCAAAUUUUCGACAGAUUUUCUUCCCCUUCGAAACGGCAGCCCUCGAGCAGGCAACAAGCUUCCACAGUGAGAGGAUACAACAAUUGCAGCAACAGAAGCAGCAGCAGCAGCAGCAUCAACCGGAGGAGCAACAGAAUGCUGAAGUUGUGUUUCAGAAUGGGGGAGACAGUAACGACGGCGGUUAUCUGGUCGGAGAGGAGGUUCCAGUGGAAAGUAUGAUGCAACAGGACGAUCAAAUGUACAGUGAUAAUUACGACGACGAUGAUGACGGAUCGUCGCCACCGCCACAGGAAUCAGCGAUGCCGGUUCAGUUCAAAAAUGGCAUGCGGAUACCCAAGUGGUCUAAGGAAUUCGGUGCCAAGUUGAACACAUUGCUGCAUAUGAUUGGAGGGGAAAGACCACAUCAGUGUAAGGUGUGUCGGAAGAAAUUCUUACGGCGACCCCACUGCCGGAGACACGUUGCUCAGGCACAUCCGGCAGAGAUUGACGAUGUGACUCUGCCUAAAAACUGGCAGCUGAACUAUCGGAGGAGAUUCACCUUCCCGACGACUCCCGCCGCACGGCCGCCAUUGGUUAAACAACAAGUGCCGGCCGCGAUCAUAACGCGGGAGGAAACCUACGAACCCACAGUGGAUAGACCUCACCAGUGUGAAGUUUGCAAAAAAUGUUUCAAGCGACUGCAGCAUCUCAGACGGCACAAGACUUCCCACCUGCAGAUUGAGAUCGAUCGGUCCGAGAUAAUGCGAGGAAUUCACGAGCAGCAGAAAGCUCAACAACAGCUGCAACAACUAACCAGCCACCCGGAGAACGGCACUAGCAAUGGGACCACCACCAUUGAAGAGGAUGACGAUGUUAUCGCACUUUCCGACGAUGACGAUAUGGGCGAGGAAAUUUCCCCAGAAGAAUUCAACAACGGUUUAGCUCCAUUCGUAGAUGAGGAAGAGAUAGAGAUUGAGCCACAAGCGCUGAAGCGACCGCGACUCUCAGAUAUUCCUCAUCUGUACUACGGCAGCGAAGAGGACGAGGACGACAGCAGCUAUACCACCCUCGCCAACCAAUCCCUUCCCACCAAGCUGGGCACAGUUCGCAAACGAGCGCCACCGAUGGAGAAAAUACCGGGAGAGCGGCCAUAUCAGUGCAAGUUGUGCUCGAAAACCUUCAAACGGUCCGACCACCUCAAGGUGCACAUGCGAACGCACACCAACAAUACCAGUUUCAGCUGUGACUGGUGCCUGAAAGGGUUCCGCUAUCGGCAGAACUAUUUGAUCCACAUGAAGAACAAAACCUGCGUCGCGGAGUCCCGGGGCAAACUGCGCGGUCAUCCCAUGCCAAAACUGCAACCGAAGCCGGGUCUGAAGGGAGCCCGGCACGAUGAUUAUGAUGAUGAGGUGGUGUUGGGGGAUUAGAGAGUGCCAGAUUUUUUUUAGGAGAGGGGAAUGUAAAUGAAGAGAUUUUGUUUUGUUGUUUUUGACAGUGAUGAUUGACUAGUGCGCGGGAGUUGAACCCCGUAAUAGACAUUAAGAGAGCUAGAUAUAGGGCAGUAUACUAAAGAUUAAUAAUUAUAAAACUAGAUUAAGAAAUGGAAUAUUGACUUUGAGGCGUUUGUAUGAGGAUAUAGUUUUGAGCGAAAGUGACGAAAUGUAAAAUGUAAUAAUUCAGGUUUUGUAUACAGUAAUCGUAAGAAGGGUUUUCUUUCUGAAUGUAGAAUACGAUAGAGAAAUGCCCUCGGCGAUUCGUUUUGACUGUUGAUUCCCCAGUAACUUUGAUCACAUUUCGAGUAAAUCGAAGUGCAAAUGAUUCAGAGACGCAUUAUUGAAGGACGCCACCAACAAACCAUUUAUUCGAUUUGUUAGAAGUACCCGAACUGUUUACAGGUUUUGCUCACUCAUCAUCUUGUUCCGGUAACAAAGUACAGAAUUUUUAAAAAUUGCAAUGGAAUUUUAGUAGUAAGUACUAUUACAUCUAGUUUGAAUAUUUAGUCGACUAUUGUUUAUGCAAUCCGUAUCUGUGAAGUCGGUCUGCCACUCAGACAAACAAGCUGUACCGAUCUGUUGGCUGUCGCACUGAAGACGGCACUCUGCUCCCUUUUCUAGCAAAUAGAUUUGAUCGGAAUCCAGAAAAAGGAAAGGAA